AGGCCUGUUGCCGAUAGACUUUCUCUGGGCUCCGUGUUAGCACGAGGAGCUGUGGUAGUUCAACUGCAUCGUUUGUUGAAACCAAAUGUUGGAGAGUAGCACCUUUAGGUUUACUUAAAACCAUGCAAAACGACGAUGUUAUAUGGAGCAUCAUCAAAGGAAGUUUCUGCUCCUUUAAAGUCAACACCAAGGGCCAGCAAUUCUGCCGGAACGAUUUCAACUUAACGGGCCUCUGCAAUCGCUCGUCAUGUCCUCUAGCCAAUUCUGUCUACGCAACCAUCAAGGAGGAAGACGGUGUCUGUUACUUGUACAUGAAGACCAUCGAAAGGGCUGCCUUUCCUGACCGGCUGUGGGAGAAAGUGAAGCUGUCUAAGAACUUUGAGAAAGCACUGGAGCAAAUCAACCAACAUUUGGUCUACUGGCCGAGAUUUGUGCGCCAGAAAUGCAAGCAGCGUUUGUUGAAGAUCACUCAGUACAUCAUACGCAUGCGCAAGCUGCGCUUGUCUCGACAACGAAAGUUGGUACCAAUGCAGCGCAAAAUAGAACGUCGUGAGCGGAGAAGAGAAGAAAAGGCACUGGUAGCUGCCCGUCUAGACACAGCUAUUGAAAAGGAGCUGUUGGACCGGUUACGGCAGGGCACAUACAAGGACAUAUACAAUUUCCCUCAGAAGGCCUUUGACAAUGCCCUUAAGAGUGAGGAAGUUGAAAGUGAAGUUGAGUCUGAUGAAGAAGAAGAGGACGAAGACGAUCAGGAUGUGGGAGCAGUUGAAUAUGUUGCUGCUGAUGAUAUGGAAGAAAGUGAUGUCUCCGAUUUGGAGGACCUUGGAGAGGAGUGCACUUCUGAAGAAGAAGCAGCAGCAGACAAAGAGAGUGUGGUGGCAAUACAAUCUAGAAGAAAGCGACCACAUGUAGAAAUAGAAUAUGAAAAAGAAACAGAACCUUCAACCUCGAAAAUAAAUUCACAUGAUUUUUAAGCAUUUGG